AUGAUUGUCCAAGUACUAACGCUGAGCUCCAAUGAGGUCAGUGAAUUGGUGGGCUUGAGGGAGCGAGCGCAGGGUGUGCCAAGCUCUGAGUGGAGAACGGACGCAGUGGGCCCCUUCUUCCAUCAGUGCCCCUCAAACCAGCAUCCCUUCAGUGCACAGGACGCUACUCAACCAAGCAGCCACAGCGAUAGCCCAGGCUUUUACAGGGAGACCUGCUGCCUGUGCUGCGGCCAUGCCUCAGAGACGUGGAAAAAUGAGCAGGCAAGGGGUUCAAAGUGGCUCUACCAGUGUCCCUGUUCCCUUCCAGGUACCAGGAUCAUCUAUGACCGCAAGUUCCUGAUGGAGUGUCGGAAUUCACCUGUGACCAAAACACCCCCACGGGACCUGCCCACCAUUCCGGGGGUCACGAGCCCUAUAAGUGACGAGCCCCCCACUGAAGCCAGCCAGAACCACCUGCAGAACAGCCCUGAAGAUAAGCCAGCAGGCGGUGAAGAGUCACAGUUUGAGAUGGACAUUUAAAGGACCAGCCAGCAGAUCGAGCAAUGCCUCUGGGCCUCUCUGGCCCUUCUCCGGAGAAGCGUCACACCGCCAGUUAUCAUCCUGGGCAGGCACUGGGAGGGGGUCGACCACCCCAGUCCUCUGCUCCCUCAGUCAGGGCACCAGUCCCCCCUUCCUCUUGGUGAACACCAGCAGAUACCUCUUUGUGCCUCCAUUCAUGCAAGAGCUGGCACCCCAAGGGGAGUGACUCUCAAGAGCACACACCCUGCAGCCUGGGGCCAGGAAGUGGACUUGGAGGACCCCUUCUGAAUGACCAUCGGCUCUCUUCCUCUGAGGGCACACCACCCCUUCCUUAAGUUGGUGUGCUUGGGGGAGUCCCCCUCCCCUACUUCCUCAACAGAGGAAAUAAAAGCCACCGUUGCCCCUG